CCACCGGUGGUUCGGGUGGCUUCUCUCAGCAGCUCGCUACUUGGGGCGGUCGGGGCUGCCGAAAACGCCGACGGCAGCGGGGAGCGCCGUGCCCACGCUUGGAAGAUCAACGGAGUCGAAGGAGCGCCGGGCGCGGCCCUACCAGAAAGGACCAGAAAGUAUGGCGGCUCCGGAGCGAAGGGCCUUCGCGCACCGCAUUAACCGGACGGUGGCAGCUGAAGUAAGAAAGCAAGUGUCCCGAGAAUAUGGCAACUCCCCCCAACUCUCCAAGAAGCGUGGUGGCACCCCACAGUCUGUGCCUCUGACAGAAGUGGUGGAGCCACUAGACUUUGAGGAGUACCUUUGCAGCCACUUGCCAGAUGCAGAGCCAGGUCCUCUUCGAGACCUGGUUGAGUUUCCUGCUGAUGAUCUGGAAGUGAUCCAUGAACCUCGAAACUGUCGAACACUGGAACUUGGUGUCCCUGAAGAUGGGAAGCAGGAUGCACAUGUACGAGAUGCUGUGCAAGUCUACACAGAAGACUGGGUCAUUGUCCAGAGGAAGUACCAAAGGCUGAGCACCAUGUAUAAUGGCAUUACUGCUGAGAGGCAAAGGGACAGGCAGAAGGGGCUAUCUAGUCAAGUCUUUGAACUAGAUGAAGUAGCAGAAGAGCGGAGUAGUCAGGGGGAUCUGGAUGAGAAGCGCAACUCUGCCUCCAUGGAUGAUACACCUCGAGGCAGCUGGGCCUCCAGCAUCUUUGACUUGAAGAACUCUGCAGCUGACUUCUUGUUGCGCUCGCUCCUGGUGCAUACUGCCAUUGAAGUAACUGACCGUACAAAUGAGGAGCUACGAAAGAAGAACCGGCACAGUGAGAUCCUGGCACUUUACCCUGCUCCUGAUGAGGAUGAGGCUGUAGAACGCUGUUGCAUCCCAGAAGUUCCGAAGGAGCACUUUGGCCAGAGGAUCCUAGUGAAGUGUUUGUCUUUGAAGUUUGAAAUCGAGAUUGAACCCAUAUUUGGAUCUCUGGCCCUCUAUGAUGUGAAAGAGAAGAAAAAGAUCUCUGAGAACUUUUACUUUGACCUAAAUUCAGAGCACAUGAAGGGCCUCCUGCGAGCUCACAGUGCCCACCCUGCUAUCUCCACACUGGCACGUUCAGCCAUCUUUUCUCUCACUCAUCCUUCUCCAGAUGUAUUUUUGGUGAUCAAGCUGGAGAAAGUGCUACAGCAAGGGGACAUCAGUGAGUGCUGUGAGCCGUACAUGGUCAUGAAAGAAACAGAUGCUCUGAAGAACAAGGAGAAGCUGGAGAAGCUGCGGCUGGCAGGAGAGCAAAUCUGCACCCGCCUGGGCCGGUACCGCAUGCCAUUUGCCUGGACUGCCAUCCACCUCAUGAAUAUAAUCAACAGUACUGGUAUGCUUGAGAGGGAUGCUUCAGACUCUGAGAGUGAUCGCAAAGGCACCUGGAAUGAGCGCAAGAGAAAAGCGUAUGAGCGUAUGAGUGUUGGAGAAGAAAUGUGCGGCUUCAGCAACUUCCGCCCAGCUACCCUCACAGUCACCAACUUCUUCAAGCAGGAAGGUGAUCGCCUCAGUGAUGAGGACCUGUACAAGUUUCUGGCAGAUAUGAGGCGGCCGUCGUCUGUACUUAGGAGGCUCCGUCCUGUUACAGCCCAACUCAAGAUUGACAUUUCACCGGUGCCAGAGAGCCCCCUUUACUGCCUGUCUCCUGAACUGUUGCAUGUCCAUCCCUACCCUGACCUCCGUGUCCGGCCUACCAAGGAGAUCCUUGAGUUCCCAGUCAGGGAGGUCUACACACCUCAUACAACUUAUAGGAACUUGCUCUAUGUUUAUCCUCAAAGUCUGAACUUCAGCAGCCGUCAGGGGUCAGUGCGGAACAUUGCUGUGAAGCUGCAGUUCAUGGCUGGAGAGGACCUUGGCCACACCAUGCCGGUCAUCUUUGGAAAAUCAAGUUGCAGUGAAUUUGCAAAAGAGGCCUACACAGCUGUUGUGUAUCAUAACAAGUCCCCUGAGUUUUAUGAGGAGUUCAAGCUGAAGAUCCCAGCCAAUCUGACAGACAACCACCACCUGCUGUUCACCUUUUACCAUAUCAGCUGUCAGCAGAAGCAGAACACACCUCUGGAAACCCCUGUUGGCUACACAUGGAUCCCCCUCAUGCAACAUGGGCGGUUGAGAACAGGCCAGUUUUGCCUUCCUGUAUCAAUUGACAAGCCGCCACCCAGCUACUCUGUACUCACCCCUGAUGUGCAGCUGCCCGGCAUGAAGUGGGUGGAUAGCCACAAGGGCGUCUUCAGUGUGGAGGUGCUGGCCGUCUCUUCUGUCCACACUCAGGACCCAUUCCUGGACAGGUUCUUCACCUUGAUCCAUGUGCUGGAAGAAUACAGCUUUCCCUUUCGACUCAAAGAUGUGAUCCUGACAGAGAACAACAUAGAGUCUGAGCUGAAAUCAAGUGUGGGCAACCUACGGGUGGCCAGCCUAGAGCCCCUGGUUGCCUUCAGUCACCAGAUUCUCAACAAGCUCAUCCAACUCAUUGUGUACCCGCCUGUCAUCGCUGGGCAGAUUGUGAACUUGGGUCGCGCUGCCUUUGAAGCCAUUGCAGUGAUGGUGAACCAGAUCCACAAGAGCCUGGAGAACAACCAGGACCAGCAUGGCCACAACCAUCUGCUGGCUUCCUACAUCUAUUACGUUUUUCGUCUGCCUGUGGUGGAGCCAAGCUUUCCAGGUAGGACUGGAAUCGACCGCUCUCACUCCUGGGUCAACUCAGCCUAUGCCCCUGGAGGCCCCAAGUCUGUGCUCCGUAGGAAUCAUCCGAACUCCAACUCGGACCUGAAGCAGGCUGCAGAGCGAGCACCUAAUCGUAUCUCCUCCUAUCUUGAGGGAUCCACUUUUCCUCCGGCCACCCCGAUGAGACCAGCGACCAAAAAGCUGCUUCAUGAGGAAUUGGCCCUGCAGUGGGUGGUGAGCACCAGCUCUGUGCGGGAAGCUGCCUUGCACCAAGCCUGGUUCUUCUUUCAGCUAAUGGUGAAGAGCAUGGCACAUCAUCUCUUCCUGUGCGACAAACUUGAGGCAUCUCGCAAGCUGCGCUUCCCUGGCCAUUUUGUUGAUGACAUCUCAGCCUUGGUGUGCACUGUCAGUGCAGAAAUUGCUAGCCGUUGCCAGAAGGAUGUAGAGUUGGUGGAGCACCUCAACCAAAGUUUAGCCUUUUUCCUCAAUGACCUGCUAUCCAUCAUGGAUCGUGGCUUUGUCUUCCUUCUUCUGCGUUCCUAUUACAAGCAGAUCAAUAACCGCCUGCUGACCACCCAGAACCCCAAUGCUCUUGUUGCACUGAGGAUGGACUUGGUUCGUAUCGUCUGCAGCCAUGAGCACUAUGUCAUCCUGAACCUGCCCUGCAGUGGCCUUUCCCCACCGGCUUCCCCUUCCCCCUCUGUCUCCUCUGCCACCUCCCAGGGUUCAGCCUUCUCCAGCCACGUGCAGGAUCAGAGGGUGGCCAGCAUGUUUGAGCUCUCUGUGACUUUUCGGCAGCAGCACUUCCUGGCAGGGCUGGUGCUGAUGGAAUUGGCACUCAUCCUGGAGCCAGAUGCAGAGGGAGCCUUCUUCUUGCACAAGAAGGCCAUCAGUACUCUACACAACCUGCUGUGCAGCCAUGACUCAGACGCCCGCUACAUGGACCAUGCUGUGCGGGAGCAUGUGGCUCAGCUCUACUUGCCUCUGAUUGGAAUAGUCAUGGACGCCCUGCCACAGCUGUAUGACUUCACAGAGAGCCUCAGCCAGCGAGGGCGGCUGGCCACUGUGAUGGCUGAGGAUGGAGAUGGAGAUGGCAGCACCAUUAGCCAGUCCAUUGCCAUGGCCAUUGCUGGCUCUCCCUUGCCUCAUCCACACCGCUCCACCACUUUCCAGAUGCCAUCCAUGGCUUCCCGCCAUUACAACAUGCUGUCUGCUGAGGCAAGUCGCAACCUGCUGGUGUGUCUCCUCUGGGUGCUGAAGAAUGCAGAUGCAGCCAUGCUGCAUCGCUGGCUUGCAGACCUCUCGGCUUUGCACGUGAACCGUCUCCUAGACCUCCUCUACCUCUGUGUCUCUUGCUUUGAGUACAAGGGCAAGAAAGCCUUUGAGCGCAUCAACAGCCUCACCUUCAAGAAAUCUCUCGACAUGAAAGCACGGCUGGAGGAAGCCAUCCUGGGCACUAUUGGAGCACGCCAGGAGAUGGUUCGACGCAGUCGAGAGCGAGGGCCAUUUGGAGCUCAAGAAAAUGUUCGCUGGAGGAAGAAUGUUGCCCACUGGAGGCAGAAUUCGGACAAGGUGGACAAGUCUAAGGAUGAGAUGGAGCAUGAUGCUCUUGUGGAUGGGAAUUUGGCCACAGAGGCCUACAUGGUGGUGCUCGAUACUCUGGAAAUCAUUGUGCAGACUGUGAUCUUGUCAGAAGCCAAGGAAAGUGUCCUGGGCGGGGUGUUAAGGGUGCUUCUGCACAGCAUGGGCUGUACACCUAGUGCCGCCUUCCUGGAGCACUGCUUUGCCACCCAGAGAGCACUAGUGAGCAAGUUCCCUGAAAUGCUUUUUGAGGAGGACACAGAAUUGUGUGCUGACCUGUGCUUGCGCCUUUUACGCCACUGCAGUAGCAGGGUGGGCACCAUCCGCACGCAUGCAAGCACCUCGCUCUACCUUCUCAUGCGACAGAACUUUGAGAUUGGCAAUAACUUUGCCCGAGUCAAGAUGCAGGUCACCAUGUCACUCUCCUCACUUGUGGGAACUUCGCAGAACUUUAAUGAGGACCACUUGCGGCGCUCACUGAAAACCAUCCUGACCUAUGCUGAGGAAGAUCCAGAGCUACGAGAGACCACCUUUGCUGAGCAGGUUCAGGACCUCAUCUUCAACCUCCACAUGAUUCUGACAGACACCGUGAAGAUGAAGGAGCACCAGGAGGAUCCUGAGAUGCUGAUCGACCUGAUGUACAGGAUCGCUAAGGGAUACCAGACAUCUCCAGACCUGCGUCUGACAUGGCUGCAGAACAUGGCAGCAAAGCACUCUGAGCGCGGGAACCAUGCAGAGGCAGCUCAGUGCCUGGUGCACUCUGCUGCUCUGGUAGCCGAAUACCUGAGCAUGCUGGAAGACUGCCGUUACCUCCCUGUUGGCUGUGUCACAUUCCAGAACAUCUCCUCAAAUGUGCUAGAAGAGUCUGCCGUCUCAGAUGAUGUCCUGUCCCCUGAUGAAGAAGGCAUCUGCUCUGGAAAGUACUUCACCGAGCAAGGGUUGGUGGGUUUGCUUGAGCAGGCAGCUUCCUCAUUUACCAUGGGUGGGCUUUACGAAGCAGUCAAUGAGGUCUACAAGAUCCUCAUCCCCAUCCAUGAAGCCAACCGGGACUUCAAAAAGUUGGCAGCACUGCAUGGCAAACUGCAAGAUGCCUUCAGCAAGAUAAUCAACCAGGCCUCUGGCUGGGAGAGAAUGUUUGGAACAUAUUUCCGGGUUGGUUUUUAUGGCAGCAAGUUUGGGGACCUGGAUGAGCAAGAGUUUGUUUACAAGGAACCCUCCAUCACCAAAUUAGCUGAAAUCUCUCAUCGACUUGAGGAGUUUUACGCUGAGCGUUUUGGCCAUGAAAUGGUAGAAAUCAUCAAAGGCUCCAACCCUGUGGACAAGGUCAAGCUGGAUCCCAACAAGGCCUACAUCCAGUUGACUUACGUAGAACCAUUCUUUGACACAUAUGAGCUGAAGGAUCGUAUCACAUACUUUGACAAGAACUACAAUCUGCGCACGUUCAUGUUUUGUACACCAUUCACGCUGGAUGGACGAGCACAUGGAGACCUGCACGAGCAGUUCAAGCGCAAGACACUGCUUACCACCUCCCACGCCUUCCCCUAUGUUAAAACUCGGAUCAACGUCAUCCAUAAGGAGGAGAUUAUUCUUACACCCAUUGAAGUAGCUAUUGAGGACAUGCAGAAGAAGACCCAAGAGCUGGCCUUUGCCACUCACCAAGAUCCAGCUGAUGCCAAGAUGUUGCAGAUGGUGCUACAGGGAUGUGUAGGCACAAUAGUCAACCAAGGUCCUCUGGAAGUGGCGCAGGUAUUUUUGGCUGAGAUCCCUGAUGACCCCAAGCUGUAUCGGCAUCACAACAAGCUCCGGCUUUGCUUCAAGGAUUUUACAAAGAGGUGUGAAGAUGCUCUUCGAAAAAGUAAGACACUGAUUGGACCAGACCAGCGUGAGUUUCUCCGAGAGCUGGAGAGGAACUAUCAGCGCCUAAAGGAAGCUCUGAGCCCACUUCUCAACCGCAAAAUCCCUCAACUCUACACCCCUGUUGCACCCCAUUCUGCACACAGGAACUCCUUCAACAGAUUGAGCCUGCGAAAGAUUGAAGCCUAGGAAGGGUACCCCCCUCUAAAAUGGGCCAUCAGAAUCCUUUGUAAGGAUGAGCGGCUGACCUGGAGUUUCACCUGGAGUUUCAGCCCUUCUGGAAGACAUGCUGCUUGCUCUUGCCUGAGACUGAAGAAUCCCCUCCUAGAGUGUCUUCAGAACAUGGAGCCAGUCUGUCACUCCAACAGUUGCAAGGAGAGCGUCUAUGUGGCAAAGUGCUGGGAAUGGUCUGGAUCGCACAUUUUGCCUGGGUGAGGGCUGUGCUCCAUCCUCAGGAAACUUUUCAGUUGCAGCGUUGUGGAUCAAAGAUUCCAUUUGAGACCUCCUUCAGACCUUCUUCCCAGCUGAACUGAAGAUUUGCUUCGUGCACUUGGGCCUCAGAGCAGCUGGAUUUGAAAUACCGGCUCUGUGUGUAGUUGGAAGCUUACUCAUUGUGGAUUCUGUGUCCUCUUCUCUUUAACAGCUAGGGUCAUUGUGGAAACUUGAGUUACCCCUUGCUCUUUGUUUAACCCCCCCUUUUGGCUACCAGCUCUUUGCCAUGAACAAGAAUGACUGGCCUACAUUCUGGGGCACUCCUAACUCAGGGAAGAAGGCAGUGGUAUCUGGGAGAAAGAGGGCUGGAACCUAGGACAGCCAGAUCCUAUUCCUGGCUUUGAGGGGUGAUCAGGUCCUUCUGUUUAGAGCUUGAUCUGCCUCCUUAGAGCUUGGGCUGAACCCCCAGUGUUCUGACCCCUGCCACCUCUUUUCUUCCCUCCACUCUCUUCCCAAGGGAUCCUGGCACUUGGUUUUAUGCAGCUGGUUGCCAAGUAAUGGCUUCUUGCCAACUGCCUUCUGGAUUGCUCAAUAUUUGCAGCCUGGACUUUCUAUUUCACAUGCCACCGGCCAAGCCUUUUCCAAUGCAGAGCUGUAUUCACACACACUCUUAAUUGCAGUAGUGCCUUCUAGAGCACAGUGAAGGGUGCAGAAUGGAGGGUUCUGUGUGCAUUUGUCUCUUAAGAAGAUGGGGGGGGGCAGUGAGUGUUCCUUUCCUUAUCUUAACAUCAGGCAAGUAAUGGAAAGAAGCUUCUUUCUGCAGGCAAGGGUCAAAUCCAGGCUUUUCUUCACUCCCGUGCUUCACCUGCAGGAGGCCCUCUCUACAUGAGCAGAGUGUAGUAUUGGGAAGAAAUUGCAGCAUCCCAUUUCCUUCAUUGGGAAUGAUUUGCAGAUGGAGAACAGGAGCAGAAUCACUGGUAGAGGUGGGCAGGCUGGUUGCUCCAGGGAGGGCACAUUCCCCCCCCCACCCCACCCCAUUGCCUGUUUCUUCAAAAUGGAUGGGAUUCAUGCAGACUGUCUGAACUGCCUUGAUUUGGGCUGAGUGCUGUUGUCUUUGUCCAGUUUUACAUUACUCUCUGCUUUAAACAAGCUGAACUAAACCAGACAAGGGGGGGGCUCUUUAUUAUUUCUUUUCCCACUUUCUCUUGCAUCACUACCCAAUGACUGAAGGUUUCUGCUUCUGCCUAACAGUAGGAAAAAGGGUCCAGUUGCCUACCUACAGCCAAAGCUACCCCUGUGUGGAUCCAAAACAUACCAUCUCUCCUCUGGAUCAGAGUUCCAUGUUUCUUACCUUUUACAAGGUCAGAUAAUCCUGAUGGGUUGUAUGCAACCAUUGUGCCAUGACCAAGUGUUCGGUGGGUAGCCAAGCCUUGAUUUCUGCCUGCCUUCUCAGUGAAGGUGGUUGUAAACUUGUUAUUUAUAAUGCAGCUUUUAAAAACAUGCAAAGAUACUGGUUCUCAUCUUUUCAGUUAGUAGUAGAGAAGACUUACUUGUUUGCAUUUGGAGUACCUAGGAAUCUACACAUGCUUAUGUGAUAAACACAAACUAACCCAAGAGCCUGGUGAAUCGUGAGAACCUGAGUUCCAUUUUUGAAAAGAUCAGGUUUCCGAUCCUCAUUGCUAUGAACAAAAACUAGAGAACGUGGGCAGAUCUUUCUUAACACAUAUGGGGCGCACUUGGGAAAGUGCAGCUGUUGUCUCCCAGUCCCUGUUCCUUCUCUGUUGGAAUGCUCAUAUCUCCUCUUUCACCUCCACUUAGCCACCACAGCUCCACUUUCCCUAGCAAUUAUUUCUUUGUUAGAUUUCUGUUCCGCCUAAUAGCAGAAGAUCUCUGGGCCGUUUGCAAAUGUUAAAAACAUGCCAUACAGCAACACGAUAUAACGUAAUAUAAAACGGUUAAAACUACCAUAAAAAAGCAAAGCUCCACAGUAGUGUAAAGCAUGGGCAAAAGCUGUCAACCCUAAAAAUGCUUCCAAACUUUGAGCAAGUGCGCCCUCUCAAUUUAAGCAAUCCAUAUUUUCCACAUGCAGAUUCUGACUUUGCUUCUGUCACAGCCUGCAGUCCGCUCAGCGCCUGUUUUUCAUAAUCCCCAGUGCUGCCAUGGCAAAGGUGGGUGGGCCUGAUCUCUGGCGUCACUCCACCAGUGGGUGGGAGGAAGGGAGGAGGAAUUCUAAGAAAGGGAGGUGAUGGUGAUGGUGAAGCAGUAAGUUGGGCAAGAGGGAAAGUAGGGGCAGGCGUUGUGUUGUGCAGAGCUCUCCCAGUGCCAUCUGGCAGGCCUGUUUCAGAUGCCCAGAAACAGAAAAAGGGGGCCAGAUAAGCGGAAUAGGAGGCCCAGAGUAGGAGAGCUGGCCUGUACUGUAGACAAGGCAUUCUAGCAGCUCUCUUCGCCGGGUGGGUUGGCAGACCACCUGGCCCAUGGAAAGGGGUGGGGGGCAGAUACUGGGGGCUGGGCAAGAUUGUGUCAAACUGAUGCAGUGGAAGAAGGUGUGUGUGACUGGCAAAAAGACCAGACUUACAUGAGAUCUCAAAGGAGGCUGGUGCCUCUCAUAGAAACCUGCACAGAGCAGAAGUGAGAGAAGCUCUUUUCUCUGAAGCUCAUGUGCAGUGUGGACACUAAUCUCUGAAGGCCUUCAGGUCAGUUGUGUCUCUUUUUAAAGGAGGGGCCCCUGUAGGCCUGUCCCAAGUGGCUAGUUCAUGAUCAGGAAUGCAUGGAGUUUGUGCCAAGCAUCAGAGAGCCUUUUCUUUUUGCAUAAACAUUUGUGCAUUUCCUUGGAAAUACACAUUGGUCUCCCAUUGAUUUUUGUGGGCAUUUUUUCAAAACUAUGUGUAUGCAUUUUUCGAACAAUUAUAUAUUAACUCUUCUCCCUGUUCAAGAUGUUUCUCUUCAUUCCAAGAAAAUCUCAAGCUGAUAAGAUGCUAUCUCACCCUAGAAAUGGGGCAGGGGGAAAGAGGAGGUAGGCAUAGUGCCUCUCCUUUUGGAACUGUAAUCCAUGAAAAGGUGAAGGGAACUUGGUAGCUGCAGGAAUGUGGAAGGAGAUACUGUGAGGCCGUAUGCAUGCCAAGUCUCAGCAGUGAUUGUGGGGCGGAGUAGUAGUUACAAGCCCUGUUGUGGUCGUGAAGAGAUGUUCAGCUCUAGGGAAGGGAUCCUGGGAGAUAAAAGUCGUAGUUGCUAUUGCUGGCCCAAAGCAUUUAAUAGAAACCCCAUGACUUUGAAAUGUUUACAGCAAGGGCAUAAAAGAGUGUCUUGUGCUUGUCUGAUUAUCUUAGCAGAAACAGUGAAGGGAGGGCUCUGCUGGAGCAGCCCAGAAUAGAAUGGUCUGUUUCAGUUUGCACACAACCUGCCUUAGAUUUAUGCCCAAAUUAUACCCAUCACAGCACUGCAGAAACACUAGCAGCAGUGCCUUGCUACUGUGUAGAGGAGAUUGCUGGCAGCAAUGCAAGCAUCCCAUGUCAAGGCCCCCUGGCCUCGCAGGCAGAAAUGUAUAUCUACAGUGAGGCCCUUUUAGGGAGAAUAGGAGUUCGUAUUAAAAUUUGGCAAUUUGCCGGGGAAGUAAUUACUUGAGGAGGCAGAGGAGCAUAAUCCACCCCCCUUUGAGGAGGUGGCCCCCACCUGUGCAGUCUUCCUUCAGUAGUGCAUCUGUGGUCCACCCUGAAACUUGGCCCACCCAGGGAACGAUGAAAGGACUUGGUGCUGCCUGCAGAGAAAGAACCCAUGUGGGAAGUGCACUUCCACAUUGCUUUUCUGUGGUCUGAGAAGAAGCGCUUCCUCCCACUGAACAGCGUAUCAUUGGAGCUUCCCAACUCACAGGCCUCCAGCAGUAUCCAAUUGCUGCUUUUCCAGUGCAAGCUACAAUUUAUUAUAAUUUUCCAUGCAUUGAAGGAGUGCAGCAUUUUGUAUUUGACAUCUUGUUACACUUCUUGUACACUAAUGCAGGGAUGUGCAACACAUGAUCACUGUGUGGUUGAGUGCAGUGGCAGCAAAACCAGUUGGCAAUUUUAAUGUUAGAGGACCAGACAGAUCCUGCUUUGGGCUCCUAUGUAUCCUGUAGAGGGUCACAGACAAAUUUCUGUAGGAGACGGAUCUUUACCUGGAGUUCAGGCUACAGAGGGCUGCUGGGGGCAGUUACGGCUAUUGGACCACCCAUAGUUGUCUGCACCCUCACUAUUUGGUAUUUUUAUUUAUAUAUUUGUUGCAUUUAUGUUUCAUGGUUCUUCCAUGUACAUGGCCUUCCAUUUCAUCAUCAUGACUCUGAAGGACAGUGGCUGGCCUAAAGUCAUUCAGGGAGCUACAUAACAAAGCAGGAACUAGAACUCAAGUCUCUUCAGUGCAAAUCUAACACUAAGCCGAGCAUACUAGCUCUCCGUGAAUGACAUUGUCGUAUGGGCAGGGAAUGGACACUUACUUGAACAUAUUUAAAUCAAGUUCACAAAAGUGUGUAUUUAGGCACUCUUCAGGUGGGAAAGCAUAGAAAUACAAGGAGUGGAGGGCACAAGGUUGGGGGAAACUAAAACAGUGCAUAAACUUAUUGAUUUACACUAAAAUGCUAUUUUUUCAUUUAAGUGCUGUUCUUUGCAUAUUGGAAUAUUUGUUUCAAAUACACAGACACAUAAAUGUUUUAAUGCAACAUUUGAAAAAUAAACUUUAAAAAAUGCA